UUUAAUGAGAGCCCAAUGCACCUGUUCCUCUUCAGCAUGGUUGUGGUAGUCUACACACUUGCCAUGGCUGGCAACACUGCCAUGGUUUUCCUGAUCUGGGCAGAUGCCUGGCUCCACACACCCAUGUAUUUCCUCCUCAGCCAGCUGUCUUUUCUGGACAUCUUCUUCACCUCAGUCACCAUCCCCAAGAUGAUAGCAGGCUUCCUCUUUGGCUGGACUAGCAUCUCAUUUGUGGGCUGUGGAGCACAAAUGUUUUUCUUCAUGUUCUUUGGGGCCACAGAGUGCCUCCUGCUGGCCCUCAUGGCCUAUGACCGUUACGUGGCCAUCUGCAACCCUCUGCGCUACCCAUCACUCAUGAGUCAUCAGACCUGUCUGCUCAUGGUGGCUGCCUUCUGGCUGGGAGGGUGUCUCAAUGCCUCCAUCCAGACUGCACUGACCCUGAAGUUCCCCUAUUGUGGCUCGAGGAAGAUUGCACACUUUUUCUGCGAGGUGCCUUCACUGCUGAGGCUGGUUUGUGCUGACACAGCCUCCUACAAGUACGUUCUUUUUGUGACAGGUGUGGUAGUCCUUCUGCUGCCCAUUGCCUUUAUCACUAUGUCCUAUGCCCUCAUCUUGGCAGCAGUGCUUGGGAUGCACUCUGUGGAGGGGCGUCGGAAGGCCCUAGCCACCUGCUCCUCCCACUUAACAGUUGUCAACCUCUUCUAUGGACCCCUCAUCUAUAUCUAUAUGUUACCUGCAUCCUACCACUCUCCUGGCCAGGAUGAUGUAGUGUCCAUCUUCUAUACAGUCCUCACACCCAUGCUGAAUCCUGUCAUCUACAGUCUCAGGAACAAGGAAGUGACAGGAGCAAUGAAGAAUGUCAUAGGGAAGUGUGGGAUGGGUAAGAUUGCUUAACACUCAGGAGAGGGGGCCUUCCACCUCUAGGACAUCUCUGUGGCUUCAGGAGCCCAUUCUAGGAUUUCCUCCUGAGAAGAGAAGUGGAGUCCCAAAUCCACAU